AUGAGCCCUACGAAGAUGCCCCUUCGGGCCGAUGAAGAGAUGGGCAAGAAAGAUGACGACCAUCGACCAUCUGAUCAAGCACGAUUCCUCCCUCUACGACACCGAGCCAUGCCUCGGCCCCAUCGAGUACUGCUAGCUAUCAUUGCGUUUGUUCUCUUCUACGAGUUCUUCAAGCACAUGCCGACAGACCUGGGACCCGCCGCCGAUCGGUACAACCCGGGGAUUGCGAAGCUACGAGAAGAAACCCUUGCUAGAUUGACUAGCUCAGAUACGCAGCCGGAUACUCCCAAGCCAGGUACUGCAUCACCAGACAAUUUGCCACCAGUUAAGGUGUUGGGAUCGAACCGAAACACGGAACCUUACGAUGGGAUGAUCAAGUACUACGACUUGGCCCAGUCUCUUCCUCGCGUCAAGUAUUCACAGAAAACUCCCAGCCGUGCAGUUAUGUUCGCAGCUUCAAGUCUCCGCAGUGUGUCGGAUCUUUUGCCUCUAGCUUGUCGGAUGGCUGGUGAGAAGCUGAACCAUGUGCAUUUCACCUUAAUGGGAAGGGAGGAAGUUUCGAUUGAAGGAAUCAAAGAGGUUAACAGAAUCAGAGAUAGUGAAUGCCCGAUGAUAUGGCACGAUGCUCGGCCGGACUAUGCACCUAGAUCUACCAAUGAUCGUAUGAAGCGGUCCGUGAUAGGAGGGCUGCAAAACAUACAAAUCUAUAUCAGCCCUGAGGUUAUCAUUACACAGGGUCGGGACUGGGAGGAUUCCUUCUUCUGGGACGGGGUCGAUGUCCAUGCUCAAGAAGAUAGCGUCCCCCAUGUUGUUCUCUCGGCUGCUUCAAGGGAUCUUAUGUGGAUAGCCUCGCUGGAUAGCGAAGCUCUUCGAUCGUGGAAUAAGAUACAAAUCGAAAUGGUUGUGCAUGCACCCUCCGAGUCUUCUGGGUCUUUGAUCAGGCUUAUCAAGUCAUUGGAUGCAGCCAACUAUUUAGGAUCGAUCCCAAGCUUGACAAUAGAGCUCCCUCAGCAGGCGGAUUCGCAGUUGCUUCGGUUUUUACAGCAUUUGGAUGGGUUAACCCAGAUUUCUGACCGAAUCACGAUUCGGCGGCGCAUUCAACCGCAUGACAUGGACACAGCAGAAUCAUCGCUUCGAACCGUGGAGUCGUUCUAUCCACGGGACCCUGAGAUGACACAUUUACUUAUGCUAUCUCCACAAACCGAGCUCGCACCGUCGUUCUAUCACUACCUCAAGUUUGUUGUAUUGAACUACAAACAGUCAGCCCGGGCCAAGCGCAUAUUUUCCAAUAUGAUUGGCAUCUCACUCGAAUUGCCAUCAUCCAAACCCACGGCUGGUAGCCAACCUUUCACACCACCGCCCAUGACCGUUAAAGGUAAAGAACAGUUUCUUUCCUCGUUCCUCUGGCAGGCUCCCAAUAGUAACGCCGCUUUGUACUUUGGUGAUGCAUGGGCGGAAUUCCAUUCUUUCAUGGCUAACCGCCUGUCGACUCCGGAAUUCGCGGCGGCCUCCCAAACAAAGUUGAUAUCAGAGAAAUAUCCGGCCUUUAUGGAGCACAUGCUCGAGAUGAUCCGUGCCAAAGGAUAUUAUCUCCUGUAUCCAUCAUUCCCAGGGAUCGAUUCUUCUUCGAUUGCCACAGUACACAACGAGCUAUAUCAGUCACCAGAAGAAUUCGGGGACUCAAAUCGCGCCACCUCGGGCGAAGAAUCCGGUAGAAAACCUAUUGGCUUGGGGUCUAUUGAGAAACCGCUGAGCCAUGCAUCAACUAUUAUGCCACUCCUUGACUUGUUCCCUUCGGGUCUUCCCGAUCUUGAUGCUUUGCCUCUUCUUUCAUACGACGGAGAGGGAUUAACGGCCACGGCAUACACCCAACAGACGGAAGAAUAUGCCAAGGAGUUUCGGGCCCAUUAUGGAGGAUGUGCUGGCAAUAGCAGGAUUGAGGAUCCCUCGACAGGCCAAUUAUUUUGCAUUCAAGACCGACUUCCUGACGAAACCCCCAGGAUCUGA